GGCUCUUUUCCACCCUCUCUCUUGUUGUCGUUGUCCUUCCCAUCUCAUUCGUUGCCUCUGACCGUACCUGAUGAUGGUCUCACCCGAGGACCCUACUGAACUUACAAAUCUUGACCCGAAUAUAAUCGAAACUACCGCAGAUGAAAGGGCCGACAAGCUUGACGACACAAUCCAUUCUAUAAUUAAUCCUUUUGAAAAGGCCAAAUCGUUUUAUACCGACAACAGCGAUGUCAUUCAUGCCACUGUUCAGCUAUUUACUGGUGAUUCAGCGGCGGGGAAGCUUGUAGAUGGCUGGUUGGGCACUAUCGACAGAGUGGUCAAUGGUCUCGAUGAGCUCGCUAAGUCUCAACCCUUUCCAUUCGUAGGACCCGCGAUACUUGUCUUCACGGCCCUGGUGAAAUUGGAAUCUCAGCGUCGCGAGAACAGCAAGCGAGCACGAGCGCUCCUCUUGCAAAUAGCCGAUAUGCUUUCCGCCUUGUUGCAACUACAUUUCGUCAAGGAUCCUGAACUCAAGGAUGCGGACGGGCAGAGUGUCCAAGGACGCAUCCAGGUUCUCAUGGAAGACAUCAAGAAGGAUAUUCAGGAUUGCGGGAAUCUUAUCCAUACGUACCACAACCAUAGUUUGACGAGCAAAUUCUUCUUCAGCGGCUCAUACGCUGCUCAAUUUAACGCUAAAGCAAGCCUCCUUGUGAACCGCAAAUCUGAUAUCAUUUUCGCUCUUCAAAUCCACAACACCGUUAACAUAGACGCUAUCCGAGCAGAAGUGACGGAUACCAACGUAAUGCUCAAGGAGCUCAUUGCUGUGGUCUCUCACAAAUCUGAACGACACAUUCGAUGCGAGCAAGCGGUGAACGAUCUGGGAGGACGAAAGAAAGUCCUUGGGAAUGACGAAUUACUUACCUCAAUGGCGACCAUGAUCCAGGUGGGAGCAAAGGGGGACGAGAAGACUGUUCAGUCAGUGACCGCCGCACUCCAAGGACCGUUGGGUGCGGGUGCGUCGUUGUCUCGUGAUGAAGGUGUUCUCAGCGCACAAGAAAGGCACGAGCUGCGACUACCUUUAGACACCAUCCUGGCCCAAAAUGCGAAAUACUUCUCAAAGAAGCUCGGUGUUCAGGUGGACGUGAUUGCCAACCAGUUGGACAAAGUUCGGCAGUCAACCACUCAGAUUCUGCAUUCAAUCGGCGGUGCUUCCUACCAGCGCAUUGUAAACCCCGUCGUUCGACGGAUAUGGAAGGAAAUGGGCUGGCAUACGAACGUCAAAGCACGGAUCUUCGUCAUGACUCUACAUGAUUACUAUCAAGACAUGUUCUCUAGUUCUUCAGCAGUACCAACUGGCGGCGCUGGUGGGGAAGUUGCAGUGGGUGGUGAGGAUGAUGCAAAACCCUCUGACCCGUCGGAAGAGGCGGAUUGUUUGGAUUAUACUCCGGAUCCUGCUAACAAGUGGUGCCUUCAAUUCUUGAAUCUACGAUAUCUGUCGUCGAUCAUGGAAGCCUUUGACGAUGACAGUUCGGGUUUUGUGCGGAUCAGCGAGGUCAAUGACUUCACAGCUUCGAUUCCAAAAGGUUGGAGUUUGCUGCAAUGGUUAGCGUACUGGGCACACGGUUGGCGCGUUGAGGCAUCCAUUUACGCCCAAUUGAUGCACGCACUGCUGAAUCAGAUGUAUGAAUUAACCAACACCGUACACUUGAUGAACUCUCGCAUCAUCCAUGUCUACUUUCAUGGUCACUGGGUCCCCAAGCUGGAUAGACUUCUUAAGCGCGCGAUGUACAGUACCUGGAAUGUCACCAGCACUCCGCUAGACGAUCUGGUCCUGGUUCAGAUGGAGGAGCGGAGGAAAAGAUUGAUGCCUGCACUACAAAGGCUUUAUUUCAACAUUGACGAUGCGGAGUCUCUGGGGUUGAUCAAGGAGCCAGGUAGAAUCGAGAAAGACUUGUUCGCGAUUCUUUAUCUAGUUCUUCUUCGCCACGCGAGUAUGAUCAAACUUGGCAAGACUGUCAUUCUCGACGAUCGUGAAUUUACGGAAGCUUCCAAGACCCUGAAUUGCAUCUUCUCUGCUAUCGACGAUCGCCUCAGCAAUUUGGACGAGGCUUUGAAGGGACGUGGCGUCGACCCAGCUCCUUUCAUCGCAAGAUAUGCAGGUGGUGUUUACGAAUUCCUGUAUCAGGGGAAUGUUCCCGACAAUCUCGGGGGAAUCGUCAAUGACGACGCUGUCGAAGCCGCGGCCGCAAUAUUUGAAAAGUCCAAUAUUGAUGUCAAAGAUUUGCAGUUCGGCGAAUGGCAUUUAGAUACUUCAGGUUAUGAGAAGGUGCCAGAGCCUGAGGCCGAACCUGAUCGCGAUGACAUUACGUCUCCAGUCUUACUGGAAGCACCGGUUCUGGUUCCUGGAGCCAGUGUCAAUGUGGAGGCUUACGUCAGACAAGUGGUUUCAAGACUGGAGCAUUUGGCGACUCACGAACAGUUCAAAUUUGUGAAACCGUCUGUCAACAUGCUCAAGUCAAUAGCUAAUGCCGAGUUUGAUAGAUGGCUGAAGAGCGAUGUUCCUCGUACUCUCAUUGCGCAGAUGGCGGACAUGCUAGAUACCCUCUUGCAUCUCCGACACAUGGAAAAUCUCGAGCUUGUUACUGAUACCGCCGUCACUACCAUGUGCCGCGUGCAAGACCUUGUGCGACGUAUCGAAAAGGAUUUGAGGGAUUGCAAGCAUCUCAUCCGAAUGUAUCACAAGAUCAACGUCUCAAGGGAGGAACCGAUAACUCUUUACUUCCGCCAACGAGCCGAAGGCCUCCUUCGUCGAAAAAAUGAUCUGAUUGACGCGAUGUCAAGAUCAGACAUCCAAGGCAUAGCGCGCUUUCGUGCUCUUGGCUAUACAGUAGUCCGACAGGUCAAAGAGAUGCGUCAAAGACUCAAAUGGGAGUUCUACAGAGACCGUCGAGACACACGAAAUGGAUAUGUGUCGCUCGUUGCGAAACAACUGCAAUGCGCGGAGACGAGAGCCAUUCGGCAUGUUGCUGUAUCCAUGACUGCAGAAGAAGAAGAGCGGUUAAGGGAUCUGUCUGAUGAUUUGUCUGAAGCCGAUUGGGCUUAUUACCAGUCACUUGCCAAGCUCAAGUACCGACUAACUCGUGCUCAUCUUAAUCUGAUUUGUUACAAUUGCCCAAAGGUAUUAAUCGUUGGUAAAGCCUACCAAUGCCUUUCAUGCACAUCCGUUGUUUUGUGCGAAAAAUGCGAGCAGAAGAGCCCUUCUGGAAUCUCAGAUGCCACUGGGAAAAUGCAUCUAUCUUCCCAUCCACUGCUCCAGAUCUCCCGGCCCGUCGUUCAAAUUACCAAGACUGAGCUGGAAGGCAUCGUUCGGAUGUACGAACGACUGGCCAAUGGCGCACAGGAUAGUGAUGGAUCGGAUUCCGAUGUUCAAUGGAGUGACGAGGAAAACGAUCCGGAAUCACACAAUGAGGAUCUUGAUAGUCGUUCCGCAUGGUCAUUCUCGGCUAUAGAGAAGCUGCCUCAGGGUCGCCUCCACUCUCUAUCUGUGGCCAGCAGUUCGGUAGUAGAAUCGCCCGCCGAGUUAACACGGCAGAUGAUAUGGGAAGACGCCGCGACUAAAGAUGAACACAUUAGCGACCUCGAAGAUGAAGGCUUCUAUAAAUGUUCGCAUUGCCAUGAGCUCUAUACUGGUGUCCGAUUUGUUAUGAUCAAACAGUAUCGAGGCAAAUAUCUUUGCCCCGACUGUGAACGAGAGCUCUCUGCCCGUCACGAGAACGAACCUUUGCCGGCAUAUUUACUGCUGCUGCUAAAAUGCACGUUGCCGGUGGUUGAAACACCAAUACUAAAGGGUGGGGCCUUGGAAGACAUACAAAGUUUACAGCCACGAGAUGAACGUGCCCAAAAUAUCGAAGAUCAACUUCAGAAAGUUGAAGAAAGACUCAAUCUACUCCUGGGUCUGCUGAAUGGCCAAAAUCGGCCGACACGCGCUUUGAUGCCUAAUUGAACAGUUACGCUUUCGUUAUACGAUACAUUUAGUUCUUAUAAUCCUUUGUAAUUCCUUUUUAAUGGUCAUCUGCGCUCUGUAUGGACAGGACGUCGGGGUGUGAAUUAACACUUGGAACAUCUAACGAUGA